AUUCUUGUUGCCGGUGGUGAAGGUCGUAGCUAGUGUAAGCAUAGCCUUCAUCGCAACAUGUCUGACUUUGAUUCAAACCUGGAUUUGUCGGGGACCGGAGCGAAUCCUGCCGAGGCUGCGGAACUGCAAAGGAUGCUCGCGGUGGAACAGCAGAAAGCUCAGUUCACUGCCCAGGUUCACAAUUUUAUGGAUGUCUGCUGGGACAAAUGUGUGGACAGACCCGGAAACAAGCUGGAUUCGCGGACUGAGAACUGUUUGGUUAGCUGUGUAGACCGGUUCAUAGAUACAACCUUGUCCGUCAACAAUCGGUUCGCUCAGAUUGUACAGAAGGGAGCACAUUAACAUAUUUUCAGCUCAAGGACUUUUCUUCAUAGUUCUUAUUGUGGAAGCUUUGAAUUCUACUUCACAGUUUAAAGAAGAUUAACUUGACACAAGAGGAUGAAUGAACUGAAUGCAAUGCAAGGAUACUUGGAUGUACAAUGUUACGAAUUGCCCAUUAUAUAAAAACAUUUAUUGCAAUAUUAGUUUGGUGAGGCUCAACAAUGCUAAUCCUUUAUUUCUGGGUAAUGGUCUAAUUUGAACAAAGAGCAUUUGCUAAACAAGUAAUUACAAAUUAAGUAGACUUUAUUUUCUAUGUAUCAGAUGCCAAUCUUUUAUUAAUGACAUUCAAAAAUUUGUAUGCAACAAAAACGUUAAAGGGGUUGUUCGCCAUCCAAACACUUUAUUCAGUUCAGUUGUUUUCACCAUAAACAAAUUCUUUUUUUCAA